CCGCCUAACUGUCUCUACCGAAUGCUCACGAUAUAUUAAUCGACUUUAAUGCUCGAGUCGGUGAAGCAUGCGUCGUUCCAGCGCGUUCUAGCGCGGCGUUCUCGGAAGGAGGCGUGACUCCCGCGUUUACUGCUACAUUGUGACGAGCGAAGUCCGUUCAGAUACAGAUCAGAGCAGGCCGACCGACCGAACCGGCUCGACGAGGAGACGGAAGUGAAAGAUGAGUGCAGCUCUCGUGCGCAGACUGAGACCCGCGGUGUUCGUUGCGAGCCGCCCGUGGAGCCCCAGAGCCCCGCGGAUCGAGCCGAGCAGCGCAGCCGCCUCAGAGAGACUCUACAGCGGCCGGAUGGAGUCCCGCGCGCCGCUCUUCAGACAGCUCUUCGAGGCUGAGAGCAGCACGUACACCUACCUGCUGGCCGACGCCGAGAGCCGAGACGCCGUUCUGAUCGACCCGGUGCUGGAGACGGUGGACAGGGACCUGAAGCUCCUCUCUGAACUGGGCCUGACGCUCAAAGUGGCCUUGAACACUCACUGUCACGCCGAUCACAUCACCGGCUCCGGCCUCCUCAAGAAGAAGCUGUUUGGUCUGAAGAGCGCUAUCUCUAAACACAGCGGAGCCGCCGCAGACAUCCAGCUCUCAGACGGAGACAGAGUUCACUUCGGGAAACUCUACGUGACGGUGCGAGAGACGCCGGGACACACGGACGGAUGCGUGACCUACGUGACCGAAGACGAGCGCAUGGCCUUCACCGGAGACGCUCUGCUCAUCCGCGGCUGUGGAAGAACCGACUUCCAGCAAGGUAGUCCUCUCAGACUGUACGAGUCUGUUCAUAAGAAGAUCUUCUCUCUGCCGGGACACUGUUUCAUUUACCCCGCUCACGACUACAAGGGUCAGACCGUGUCCACCGUCGACGAGGAGAAGAAGUUCAAUCCACGGCUGACGAAGACCCUCGACGAGUUCGUGAACAUCAUGAACAACCUCAACCUCCCUAAACCCAAGAAGAUAGAUAUCUCGGUGCCUGCGAACCUGGUGUGUGGACUUCAUGACCUCUGAAAGAGAGCGAACGAACGUUUUAGAUGAUUUUAAUCUUACGCUGUGUGGAUGUGUGAACUACACGCCGUGAUAGUCUUCUCAUUAGUGCACUCUUCUGAUUCAGAGUACAACUACGUUUGAAAAAUGUAUAUUAUAUCCAGAAUAUAAUUCAGCACUUGAACUAAUUAUGGUUUGUUGUAAACCUUUUUCUUUCUUUUUUUUUUUUUUUUG